CGCCGCGGGCCCCUGGGCCCCUCGGCCCGGGGAGUGUGCUGCUGGCGUGACGCUGCCGGCGCAGCCUGGCGGUCCCCCGCGCAGCACGGGGGGCGCGCGGACUACGAGGACCUCGCGACCGGGGAGACAGUGGGCGAGGGGAGCACCGCGACCGUCUACCGGGGCAAGUUCAGGCAGGAGCACCCCGCGGACCUGCUGGGCGAGGAGGACGCCCAGGACACGGACGUCGCGAUCAAGAAAUUUCUGUUUGACCAGGGGGACGACGAGCAGCUCGCGAAAGCCCUCGUGCGGGAGCUCGAGGUGCUGAGCACACUGAAUCACGACAACCUUGUUCGCCUGAUAGGCGUAGUGGAGUCGCCUCCCUGCAUCGUGAUGGAAUUCUGCCACGGAGGGGUGCUGUACGACCUCCUGUACAAUUCCGCGUACAGGGUCCAGUGGAAGCAGCAGCUGAAGAUCGCCUGCGACAUCGCAGAGGCCAUGGAGUAUCUGCACACCCUUGAGCCCCCUAUCAUUCACAGGGACCUGAAAUCGUUGAAUUGCCUUCUGGAGGAGCCCGUGGUUUCGUCGGAAUGCGAGCCCUUUGUGAAGGUGACAGACCUUGGCGUGGCCACCGGGCGGAGGAAGAGGGGGAGGAGGAUGAGG